AUGUGGCCCGCAGUUUGGUUACUUUUGGCUGCUCCGUGGUUACUGCUCGGCAGUACAGUGGCCAAGGUUGCUCCCACCUACGCCGCACACAUCCUGGAACAUGUCCGUCCCCAAGCUCCGGCUGAGGUUCAACUGAAGGCGGCGCUGGAGGUGAUCGCGAGAACGAUUGGACCGGAACAAGCACGCCACUUUACCGUACAGAUCAAUAGCUCGCUGGAACGGAACUCAUUUCACAUCCUGAAAGAAACGGAAACGGUGCCAGUGCAAAUCAUUGCUUCGAGUGGUGUUGCUGCGACGAAGGCGUUCUACCAUUACCUGAAAUACUCUUGCCACUGUUUGGUGGCCUGGGAGGGUUCCCAGUUGGAGCUUCCAUCACCGUUACCGACCGUGAACGUUACCGUCGUCGCACCGAGCAGCUUCGUGUACUACCAAAACGUGUGCACCUGGUCCUACUCGUUCAGCUGGUGGAAAUGGAGCCAGUGGCGAUCGCACAUCGACUGGAUGGCCCUCCAGGGCAUCACGCUCAGUCUAGCGCCCUUCCAGGAGGAUGUGUGGACGGAGCUGUACCUCGAGUACAAUCUAACGUUACCACAGAUCGAAAAUCACCUCUCGGGACCGGGCUUUUUCGCCUGGCAGCGUAUGGGCAACGUACGGGGCUGGGGUGGCCCGUUGACCAAGAGUUUCGCCCAGUUCAGCAGCAACCUGCAGCAGCGGAUAGUGAAGGAAAUGCGCCGGCUCGGUAUGGUGCUCGCUUUGCCAGCCUUUGCUGGUCACCUACCGGUCCCAUUCCGUACGCUCUAUCCCAACAUCACCUUCACGGACGUUCCGGUGUGGAACAGCUUUCCACCACAGUACGCCAGUCCGUUGUUUCUCGAUCCAACGGAACCACUGUUCGGGGAGCUUGGUUCACGGUUCGUGGAGCGCAUGAUCGAACGGUACGGUACGGAUCAUAUCUACUUCGCCGAUCCGUUCAACGAAAUCGAUCCGGUCUCAGCCGGUGGCCGCUACUUGCAAGCCGUAGCCUCCUCGAUCUACGGUGCUAUGGUGAGCGUAGAUCCGGCAGCCGUCUGGUUGCUGCAGGGCUGGAUGUUUGUGAAGAACCCGUUCUGGAGUGACCGUGCCAUCAGCGCGUUCCUGACGGCCGUCCCGAUCGGACGGCUGUUGGUGUUGGAUCUCCAAUCGGAACAGUUCCCCCAGUACGUGCGUACCGGCUCGUACGCUGGCCAACCGUUCAUCUGGUGCAUGCUGAGUAACUUUGGCGGUACCCUCGGGAUGCUCGGUUCGGUCGAGAACGUGUACCGGGGCGUACGGGAAGCGAGAAGCAACGGCAACGGAUCGUACACGAUGCUCGGAACGGGUAUCACACCGGAGGGAAUCAAUCAGAACUAUGGCCUGUACGAGUUUGCCCUCGAGAUGGGUUGGUACGGUGAUGGCGCGACGGCAAUACCUGGAACCGAGCAGUGGUUUAACGAGUAUUCCGUGGCACGUUACGGCCCCCGUGCGGCCGGAUCGGCGGGUCAACGUGCUUGGGAUGUGUUCCGCCGUACCGUGUACAACUACGUGGGACUGGAGCGGAUGCAUGGCAAGUACACGUUCAACCGGCGACCGAGCACCAAGAUCAGUCCCUGGGUUUGGUACAACGAGACCACCUUCAACGAGGGUCUGCAACUGCUGCUCACGUUUGCCGGCACCGGGCCCAGCUGUAACGCGCUCUGCCGAUACGAUGUCGUCGAUGGGACGAGACAGUUUGCCCAGAACGUGGCCGAUCGGCUCUACCUUACGCUCAUGGACGAUUACAAGGGGCGCCGGUAUGCGGAGUUUCGUCAACAUGCCACCCAGUUCCUGACGCUGCUCCUCGAGCUCGAUCAACUGCUGCAGACGGAGGACCACUUUCUGCUCGGCCGUUGGCUGGAGGCGGCCAGAUCGUUCGGUGAAACGGGCCUCGAGCGGCAAAAGUACGAGUACAAUGCACGCAUCCAGCUUACGCUGUGGGGACCGCAGGGCCAGAUCGUGGACUACGCCAACAAGCAGUGGGCCGGUAUGGUGGCCGAUUUCUUUCUGCCCCGCUGGCAACUGUUUCUGGGCGAACUGGACCUAGCACUCGCCACGAACGGGACGAUCAGCGAUACGAAGAUACGGGACCAGGUGUUCCGUAACGUGGAGCUACCGUUCACGACCGACAACAAACGGUAUGCAACGGUUGCGUCCGGAGUGGAUCCAGUGCGGCUGGCCCGUUCGUUCUACGAAAAAUGGUCCCGUAGCUUGGCCGGCCUGAAGGAGCUGCCUACGGUUGCCCCACAACGGUCCCAUCGUGUGAAACAACGUAGCCGAUGGUUUUCUUAACGGGCGUGCAUCUAGUAGAUAUCCACUGCUAGGCCAACCAUACCUGCAGCUCCACCGCCGCCUACGCCAUUGUCACUGCCGUAUUGCCUUGAACCUGAACGCCAGUCGCCAAUAAUGUCCUUUCUACAUCCGAACUAUCACAUUGCCCCUGCGGUAGCCACAUGCGCUCGUUAGUUUCUUUUCAAGGCCUCCUCCUAACCCACACCACGCUCAUAUGAUGCACAAUCGAAAAUGCCUUGUGUGGAUGUGUGUUGCUAUGGUUGCUAGUGAUUGCUUUGUUCAAUUUUUAAUUAAAGUUACUGAACGUCUCUUCUUCCUUCUGGUGCCCUUUCUUGUAUGUUUUAGGACACGGUAUCAGAAAUGAUCAAAAUAAGUUGGAAUGAGGCCCAUAGGUGCGUGCAAGGGCAAAAAAAGUGCAAGUGAUUCCUUGGCAAGCAAUUACAAACGACACCAGUAUGUUACACAGAACAGCGCACGAGGCAGACAGCCACAAAAAAAACACGGGUACAAUCUAAACCAAAAUUGUUAAAAUCAAGGCAAAGCACUUAUCCAGCACUGUGCCUUUUCUUUAUCAACAAAACAUUAUUAUAGUAAGCAGAAUGAAAAGGAAAAGCAUAAGUUUGAAUACCUGAACAGACUAUAUUACGGUAUUCAUUAUAAUAUUAUGUACCGUUUCGCUCUAAUUAGAUUAUUUAGGAGGAGAGUGAAAAAUGUUUAUAAAAAAACCGCACGUGGUUCCGGUGGCUAACGGUGGCUUCAUAAAGUGCACCAACAUGUUUUAUACAAUAUUAGAAAAAGGUAAUAGUACGUACAGAAUCAAGCAAUAGUGACACAGUAAACCAGUUUUGGCAAGGAACGUAAUCACUAGCCCUGCGCUCUUGGAAUUAUGUAUCCUCUCUCUCACUCCCUUGCUCUCUCUCUCUUGCACACUCUUUCACUCGUCCUUAGGCAGUUCGGUUCCCUAUCAUCCGCCCAAUCCGUUGUUCGUCGACUUGGUUUUGGUCUGGUGCUCUACUCUCUAAAGGCACAUUCUGCUUUCCAUUCGUUCGUUCGCGCAACAUCAUCAUAUCAUCAUCAUCAUCA